AUGUCUACAACAUCGGAAAAGCCCGCCAUCGCCAUCGUCCAAGGUGCUUGGCAUCGCGCAAGCCACUACAAAGGCCUUGUGCAGUCCUUGACCGAUAAGGGCUUCACAGUUCUUCAACCCGACAAUGUCACGGCCGGAAACGAUGAAAACAUCAAAGGAAAAACCCAUCUAGACGAUGUUGAGGCUAUUCGACAUUCUCUCCAGCCAGCCCUUGGUGAAGGCAACCGGAUCGUGUUGGUCUGUCAUAGCUACGGAGGCAUUCCGGGCUCUGCCGCCGUUGAAGGCUAUCAGGUUCAUGAACGGGAGGCAAAGGGUCUUUCUGGGGGUAUUUCGCAUGUUGUUUAUAUCGCAGCGUUUGCUCUACCGGUGAAGGGUCUUUCUCUGUUGUCUGCCGCUGGAGGCCAACAUGGUCCUUUUCUCGAUAGGACGGACGAUAUUUGCUAUCUAAACGACAAAGCCCAAAAUGCCUUCUACAACGAUUGUACUCCCGAAGUAGCCAAGAAGGCAAUCAGCGAAUGUGUCAAUCACAGCACAGCGUCUCUCGAAACACCGGCCGAAUUUGUCGCGACGGAUAUCACUGUGCCCAAGACCUAUGUUGUCUGUGAGAUCGAUAACACUGUUCCUGUGCAGGGACAGUUAGCUAUGGUUGGAGCUAUGGGGGAUGCGGUCAAUGUGGAGAAGAUAGAGGCUGGGCAUUGUCCGUUUCUGAGUGAGAAGACUCUACCUAAGAUUGUGGAGAUUGUCGAGAGGGCUGCGCAGUAA